GCCCUCCUAAAAAAGCGUGUAGGUUGCCAGCAUCAGAACGACGACUACUGGAGCUGCUACUACUACUGCUAAUACAAAUACUAGUUCCUUUCUCCUUCUUCUCUGUUGGCCUAGCCCAGUUAUAAAUUCCAGGCAACUUUUUGACUCUUUCACCUCGCAAUUCGCAAACGCAUAACGUAAACACCUCCUGCAUUUCUAUCCUUCUCUUUCUCUAUCUGUUUCAUAUAUGUACACACCAUAAUUUUGUGAGCAUCAUUUGCAAUUGAGUCGCUGUGUUUGGCAACAAUGAAGCUCCUCCUCCUAUCAAUUUAUUUCUUCCAGGUUCUAUUUGUUGCAUCUGUAAUUAAAGCAGAGGAAUUAGAUACAAGAUGGCUUUUGACAUCCAAUGCUGUGUCUAGUGAAAGGCAUACUGAAGAAUAUUGUGCUAUGUAUGACAUCUGUGGAGCACGUGAUGAUGGAAAAGUAUUGAAUUGUCCGCGCGGAUCCCCAUCUGUGAAGCCAGAUGAAUUGCUUUCACAAAAGAUCCAAAGUUUGUGCCCAACAAUCACUGGCAAUGUUUGUUGCACAGCAGCACAGUUCGCCACAUUGCGGUCACAAGUGCAGCAAGCAAUUCCUUUUCUUGUUGGCUGUCCAGCAUGCUUAAGAAACUUUUUGAAUCUGUUCUGUGAGCUUACCUGCUCUCCACAUCAGAGUUUGUUUAUCAAUGUGACUUCUAUAUCCAAGGUUAAAAACAAUUUGACCGUGGAUGGAAUUGAUUUUUAUAUAACUGAUGCUUUUGGUGAAGGGUUAUAUGACUCUUGCAAGGAUGUAAAGUUUGGUACCAUGAAUACUCGAGCUCUAAACUUCAUUGGCGCUGGUGCUCAAAAUUUUAGAGAGUGGUUUGCAUUUAUUGGUAGACGAGCAGCCCCUAAUCUCCCAGGCUCACCGUAUGCCAUCACGUUCAAGUCAGCUGCUCCUGCAUCAUCAGGAAUGAAACCCAUGAAUGUAUCUACAUAUUCAUGCGGUGAUGUAUCACUAGGCUGUUCUUGCGGUGAUUGCCCCACUGCUCCCAUUUGUGCCAAUACAGCUCCUCAUUCACAGCAUGAGAGAGCUUCCUGUUCAGUGAGAUUUGGAUCUCUCAAGGCCAAAUGCAUCGACUUUGCUCUGACAAUUCUUUAUAUCCUGUUGGUUUCCAUGCUUUUGGGGUGGGGUUUGUUCCAUCGAAAAAGAGAAAGGGACCAAACAUCUACAAUGAAACCAUUGCCAAAUGUCAUGGAUGGUGGUGAAAUUCAUUCCGUUAUUAGGAGGAAGGAUGAGAAUCUCCCAAUGCAGAUGGGUGAAUAUUCUCCCCAAACUGGAAACAGGGUUCAGCUUUCAAUUGUGCAAGGAUACAUGGCAAAGUUUUACAGGAGAUAUGGAACAUGGGUUGCGAGACAUCCUAUCCUUGUAUUAAGCGUGUCUGUUGCUUUAGUUCUUCUACUUUGUUUGGGCCUAAUCCGUUUUAAGGUGGAGACCCGGCCUGAGAAGCUAUGGGUAGGCCCUGGCAGUAGAGCUGCAGAAGAAAAAAGAUUUUUUGACAGCCACCUAGCACCUUUUUACAGAAUUGAGCAGCUAAUUAUAGCAACUACUCCCAAGGCUGAGGAUGGCAAAUUACCAAAUAUUGUGACAGAAAACAAUAUUAAGUUACUCUUUGAACUACAAAAGAAGGUUGAUGGAAUCCGUGCAAAUUAUUCUGGAUCAAUGAUAGCUCUGAAUGAUAUUUGUAUGAAGCCACUGGACCAAGAUUGUGCUACUCAAAGUGUUCUGCAGUAUUUCCAAAUGGAUCCUCAAAAUUAUGAGAAUUCUGGGGGAGUUGACCACAUCAAUUAUUGUUUUCAGCAUUAUACCUCUGCAGACACAUGUAUGAGUGCCUUCAAAGCCCCUCUGGAUCCAAGUACUGCCUUGGGUGGUUUCUCUGGGAGCAAUUAUUCAGAGGCUUCUGCAUUUAUAGUAACUUAUCCAGUAAACAAUGCAAUUGAUAAAGAAGGGAAUGAAACAAAGAAGGCCGUUGCUUGGGAGAAGGCCUUUAUUCAGUUAGUGAAGGAUGAAUUGUUGCCAAUGGUCCAAGCGAAAAAUCUUACACUUUCUUUUUCUUCGGAAAGCUCUAUUGAGGAAGAAUUAAAAAGAGAAAGUACUGCAGAUGCCAUUACUAUAUUGAUAAGCUAUCUUGUGAUGUUUGCCUAUAUAUCUCUAACCCUGGGUGAUACGCCUCGUUUUUCUUUCUUUUAUUUUUCGUCUAAGGUAUUGCUCGGUCUUUCUGGAGUUAUGCUUGUCGUGCUUUCUGUUCUUGGAUCAGUUGGAUUUUUUAGUGCCGUUGGAGUAAAAUCUACACUAAUCAUCAUGGAAGUCAUUCCUUUUCUUGUGUUAGCGGUAGGGGUGGACAACAUGUGUAUACUAGUGCAUGCUGUUAAGCGACAACCAUUGGAGUUGCCAUUAGAAGGACGGAUAAGCAAUGCACUUGUGGAGGUUGGACCAUCUAUAACACUUGCUAGUCUAUCAGAGGUGUUAGCAUUUGCGGUUGGGAGCUUUAUUCCUAUGCCAGCAUGUCGUGUCUUUUCCAUGUUUGCUGCACUUGCUGUUCUUUUGGACUUCCUUUUGCAAGUUACUGCAUUUGUUGCUUUGAUAGUCUUUGACUUUCUGCGAGCAGAGGAUAAGAGGGUUGAUUGUUUUCCAUGUCUAAAAACUUCAUCAUCAUAUGCUGACUCUGAUAAAGGCAUUGGUGGAAGGAGGCCUGGAUUACUUGCUCGAUAUAUGAAGGAGGUCCAUGCGCCUGUGCUCAGCCUUUGGGGAGUUAAGAUAGUUGUCAUUUCCAUCUUUAUUGCUUUUGCAUUGGCUAGUGUUGCAUUAUCCACUAGGGUUGAACCUGGUCUGGAGCAGAAAAUUGUUCUUCCACGGGACUCGUAUCUCCAGGGUUAUUUCAAUAAUGUCUCGGAGUAUCUUAGAAUUGGUCCCCCACUCUACUUUGUUGUGAAAAACUAUAAUUAUAGCUCAGAAUCAAGACAUACUAAUCAGUUGUGCUCCAUCAGCCAAUGUGAUUCAGAUUCCCUUUUGAAUGAGAUUGCUAGAGCAUCCUUGACACCCAAGUCUAGCUAUAUUGCCAAACCAGCUGCUUCAUGGCUUGAUGAUUUUCUUGUAUGGAUAUCUCCAGAAGCUUUUGGUUGCUGCCGGAAGUUCACAAAUGGGAGUUAUUGUCCCCCCGAUGAUCAGCCUCCUUGUGAUGUUGGUGGAGUGUGCAAAGACUGUACCACGUGCUUCCGUCACUCAGAUUUUAAUAACGAUCGUCCAUCCACAACACAAUUUAGAGACAAACUCCCAUUGUUCCUUAAUGCUCUGCCUUCUGCUGAUUGUGCUAAAGGGGGCCAUGGUGCUUACACUAGCAGUGUGGAGCUGGAAGGCUAUGAGAAAGGUGUUAUUCAGGCAUCAUCCUUCCGCACAUAUCAUAUGCCACUCAACAAGCAGAGUGACUAUGUUAAUUCGAUGAGAGCUGCUCGGGAAUUCAGUUCAAGGAUGUCUGAUUCUCUAAAGUUGGAGAUCUUCCCAUACUCGGUCUUCUAUAUGUUUUUUGAGCAAUACCUUGAUAUAUGGAGGACGGCAUUGAUCAACCUGGCUAUCGCAAUUGGUGCGGUGUUUCUUGUUUGUUUGGUUAUCACAUGCAGUUUAUGGAGUUCUGCAAUCAUUCUACUGGUUUUGGCGAUGAUUGUCAUUGAUCUCAUGGGGGUGAUGGCAAUUCUGAAUAUUCAACUGAAUGCUGUCUCUGUUGUUAACCUUGUCAUGGCAGUGGGCAUUGCUGUUGAGUUCUGUGUACAUAUAACACAUGCUUUCUCAGUAAGCAGCGGAGACAGAGAUCAAAGGGUGAAGGAAGCUCUGGGUACAAUGGGGGCUUCAGUCUUCAGUGGAAUCACACUAACAAAGUUAGUUGGUGUGCUCGUUCUUUGCUUCUCAAGGACCGAAGUUUUUGUGGUUUAUUACUUUCAAAUGUAUUUGGCGUUGGUCCUUCUCGGUUUCUUGCAUGGGCUGGUGUUUUUACCAGUAGUUUUGAGCAUGUUUGGUCCGCCUUCAAGAUGUAAGCUUGUCGAGAAGCCGGAAGAUAGGCCAUCAGUUUCAUUGCAGCCAUGACAAGUUAGAAUUGCUGCAUUAUAGCUCUUACUUUAGAACUUUUUUUUUUUCCUCAAGGUGCUAAAGUUACAUGUAAUAUUUGGUACAGCAAAAUGCUUGGUAUCGUUUCUGACAUGUACAUUUUACCAAGGGAAAAAAGAUAAGAAAAGAAAAUAGUUCAGUUGCA